CCCAUGGAGUAAAUCCGCAAGUAUAAAUGGCCGCCGCGCUGACACAUCUGCUUCAAUCAAAGUCCAAACCGGUUCGACUCCACAAGUUAGCAACGCAAAGAAACAUGGAACACUCGAAACAAGCUCAGUACACUUCCAACGAACACUCAAAGCCGGCUCAGUACACUUCCAGCGACAGGAAAGACACCGGGGACACCGGCUCCGCCUUCAACGGACACUUUGACGGGAUGGUGAUAAGACCACCUGCUGCUUCCCUGACUCCGGCCGCCGAGUCCGCGUCGAACCGGUCGUCGGUGAUGGAGAGCUGGAAGGAGGAGCGAACCAGGAGCGUGGAGGACAACGAGAUGAGUCUGCCGUCCCUGGCCGCCGCCUUCACCACCAUCCUCAGGGGGCUCGGGGAGGACCCGCAGCGGCAGGGACUCGUCAAAACUCCCUGGAGAGCAGCGACCGCCAUGCAGUUCUUCACCAAGGGCUACCAGGAGACUAUCAUCGACGUGCUCAACGAUGCCAUCUUCGACGAGGACCACGACGAGAUGGUGAUUGUCAAAGACAUCGACGUCUUCUCCAUGUGCGAACAUCACCUGGUGCCCAUCAUCGGCAGGGUUCACAUCGGUUACCUCCCCAACAAGCGCGUCCUGGGCCUCAGCAAGCUAGCCAGGAUCGUAGAGAUCUACAGUCGCAGACUACAAGUUCAGGAGAGGCUGACCAAGCAAAUCGCCGUGGCCAUCACAGAAGCGCUGCAGCCAACUGGAGUCGGCGUCGUCAUGGAAGCAACUCACAUGUGCAUGGUGAUGCGAGGCGUCCAGAAGAUGAACAGCAAGACCAUCACCAGCACCAUGCUGGGUGUUUUUCGGGAAGAUCCCAAAACCCGCGAUGAGUUUCUGACGCUGAUCAGGAGCUGAAGUCCCUCCUCCGGCCUGUUGCCAAGGGUUACCUCCGUUUGCACAGACCAGCCCAUCUGCCGUCUGUGUAUGUGUGUCUAACUGUUGCCUUUUUAAACCAUAGUAGUACAGUAGAUCACGAGUCAAUACCCCGCCCAUCAAUGCCAAAAAAUAUCAAUCAUGGCCACGCCCAUAAAAGGCUCUAAAAUGCCUAUUUUUGAUACUUUAAACUCACAUUUAUUAAAAACAUUUUACAGUCAGUUUCACACAUUAACAAACAAUCAUAUACGAUAUUGUACUCAUCUUUUCAAAGCAUCUUCCUGCGGGAAAAUGUUGAGGGAAUUGACUUGCGGGUCAGCUCCUGCAGAUAGCGCCAUCCACCCACUUUCGACUUAAUUUACCAUAAAAUGCACAAAUUUACGACAUAAAGCAAGAGAAAACUAAUCUGUGAAUAUGCAGGAGCACGAAUGUCCCGACACAACUUUUUCACUUCCGAUACGAUACCGAUAUCGAUGCGAUAUCAGCAUGACUCGUACAUAUUUUUACGACUUAUUUUGGAGUGUGAAAAGUUAGAAAAGACUCUUAUCAAUUGAAUUGUGAAGUGAAUUGACUUGUGUGAAAGAUGCUUCGUAGCUGCGUCACAUUUUUACAACCUGCAGAUAGCGCCAUCAAACCACUUUCCAUUGAAGUAACCACAAAAAAUUAAUUAAUUGACUUGUGUGAAAGAUACUUCUGCUGGAUUCGUAGCUGCGUCACGUUUUUACAACCUGCAGAUAGCGCCAUCAAACCACUUUCCAUUGAAGUAACCGCAGAAAAUUAAUUAUUUAUAAUCAAAAGCAUAAAAAAACAAGAAGGAACGAAGGAGCGUGAAUAUCCUAACACAACAUUUUCACUUCCGAUACGAUACCGAUAUCGAUCCGAUAUCAGCAUGACUCCUACAUAUUUUUAUGACUUAUUUUGGAGUGUGAAAAGUUAGAAAAGACUCUUAUCAAUUGAAUUGUGAAGUGAAUUGACUUGUGUGAAAGAUGCUUCGUAGCUGCGUCACGUUUUUACAACCUGCAGAUAGCGCCAUCAAACCACUUUCCAUUGAAGUAACCACAAAAAAUUUAUUAUUUAUAAUCAAAAGCAUUAAAAAAACAAGAAGGAACGAAGGAGCGUGAAUAUCCUAACACAACUUUUUCACUUCCGAUACGAUACCGAUAUCGAUCCGAUAUCAGCAUGACCCGUACAUAUUUGUAUGACUUAUUUUGGAGUGUGAAAUGCUAGAAAAGACUCCAUCAAUUGAAUUGUGACGUGAAUUGACUUGUGUGAAAGAUGCUUCUGCUGGAUUCGUAGCUGCAUCACCCUGCAGAUAGCGCCAUCAAACCACGAUUGUCAAUCGUGUGAAUCAAUCAAACGGUGAAGUGAAUCAACUUGUGAGACGGCACCCUCUGCUGGAUGCAUAGAUGCAGCAUUCUUUGCCCUGUAGAUAGCGCCAUCGACCCACUUUCUAACAGAUGAAUAGGGAUCUACUGUACGUCCAUGACUUGCGGGGGUUGGCAGGAAGCAUUUAUUGCGUUGAAGGUCAUGAUGUGUGUUUAUGUGUGUGUGUUUUCAACUCAACAGAAGGAGUGCACUUGACUUGCUUUAUUAUUUUAUAUCACGUGACAUUACAAUAUGUAUUGUAAUAUCACAUGUUUAAAUCGUCAUCCAUAAAGCUGUGGUUUACAAUCAGAUUUUAAAAUUACAUUUUUUUUUAUUUAUAAAUGAAACAUGUAUGAUUAUAACACAAAGUAAAGACUUAAAAUACCGUAAAUGUGGUUAAAAAAGUAACUUGUCGCUAUUGACGUCAAACACGAACAAGGUCUUUGUCCAGCUGAUUGGAGGAAUGGUGGGGAAACUCGAUUCUUUGAGUCACUCACCGAAGUGAACCGGGUACUUUCAAUCACGUGAGUUACCUAUCACAGAGCGCAUGUGCAUAAACCCGCACAUGCGCACACCUCUCUUUCAAUGACACGUUACUUGAUUUUGUUUAUUAAUGUGGCGAGCUGUAGGUGGAGUGACUAAGAGUGAGUACCUGUGAGUCCCACAACAGUUUGAAAAUCGCGAGAUUUAAAACCACUCGUUCAUGACUAGCACAUCUCUCACAAUAUCACAGUCAUGUGAUUAUCCACAAAAUGGCGGCGUGUCAGGUAAGCUAGCUUAUUUCCUAAUGCCUACUAUUAUCAUCCAUUAAGCGUCAUUUUAAACAUUUUGCAAUUGUAAUACUUUAAUUGAGUGUCAAAUGUUUAUAAAUCCACCGUUCGUACUAUAUUAAUUCGAUUCAUUUAUGUAAAACAAGGUACGAAAAUAUCCGUCUUUUGCGAGCCGGACGAAACGUAUGUGUCACAAUAGCAAACAUGCUAAUAAGCCACUCUAUAUGUUUCACUGUUUAAAAUAAUUUUUGAGUGAAUGCAGGUUCUUUUGUUUAAUUCAAUGCAUGUUUGUGGUACUAAACGCAGUGUUUCCCAUUCAUUCGGUUCUAUAUAUUAAGUGCCUGCCACACACUUUAUAAUGAGACGGGUCUGUGAAUGUAAUUUGUCAUAACCUUUAAGAAAGUGUUCAGACCCUGCCAGAUACCCCUUUUCACAAACUUACUUACUUUGGUGUUUUUUAACUGACUUUUUGUCGCGUUAACAACAUUAUUACUCUCGUAUAUCGUCCAUUACAAUGAUAAUCACAUUCGUAAUGGCUGCUUAUCAUGUAUACAAUUAACCCCAAACCACAAAACAGACCGCAAUUCCGUGGGAAAACACAGCAGUGGAACACAUGAAAGAACACGUAUGCUUGAAAUUAUUUAGUAGUAUUUGAAACAAAACGUCAAAAAUGUGUUUUAUGUGCUCCAUUUGUAACUCUGUAAGUAAACUCCCCAUUAUAUUACUGUUAUGGGUCACCGAGUGCUUUGGCGCCCCCUGGUGGUGCUUUAGCUAAACUACAAAAUGAUUAUUAUUUUUUUGAAUGGAAGCAUGGUUGAUCACCAAUAUUGUGUUUUGAAAUAUACACUGUGAUUUAAAAAAAAAAAAAAAAGUAGUUUUCUGUCUGGACAUGAUUUUUUGUGUAGAGUUGAAUGUUAAGUGUGUGUGUGUACUUGAAUAUUUUGUGUUUUUUCCCCAUGUUUGUUAGUAAAUGUUUACUUGUGCGGUAUACUUUGUUAAAGAAUCCAUACUUUCUGAUGUCUAAUGUGCCGACUUUGUAUGUUUGGAUUUUUUUAUGAGUGUGGCAAAAAAAAAUUUGUGGCCUUGUUGAGACGGAAGGUCAGUUCUAUGGCUCCCUUGCCGUUGUUGUCACUUUAUUGUAUGUACUUUGUGUUUACUUGGACUUUUAAAAUCAUAGAUAAUAAUAAUAAUAAUAAUAAAUACCUGUGACAAAUUA